AUGUAAACAUGGGGGAUGGGAGAAUCCUCUCCAACAGGAAACUACACACUUGCUUCUCCAUUAAACUGGAGGCAGAGUGGCUCAGAAUCAGGAAACCAGACUCCUUGUUUUAAGCAGAAGUUUUUUUUAAAAAGCAAAAUGAAAAAUAUUUGGUAUCUCUGGAUCUCCAGCAUCCUCCUGCCUUGGUCUGCAGUAUCUGGACAUCCUUGUAACAUUGAUAAAAUGGGACAGGCUGCCUGCAGUGGAAAGAGCCUUCUCCAUCCUCCCAAAUUUCUUCCCAUGCACAUUACCAUUCUAGAUCUAUCUUUCAAUUCUCUGACAAUGCCCAAGCAUGGACCUUUUCUGAGAAGCUUUCCUUCCUUACAUUCCCUAAAUCUUUCCAGCAACAGCAUUCCUACUCUUUCCUCCUCUCUGUUCUGUAACCUUGGUGCUCUUCGCCUUUUGGAUCUAAGCAGCUGUGGCAUUUCAUAUGUGCAUCGAAGGAGCUUCCGAGGUUUGAAAAGCCUUCACUCUCUACAUCUGAACAACAACAAACUUCAAUCUCUGGACCUCUCCAUUUUUCCUGCCUCUGGAAUCCUUGUCCAUCUGGAUCUGCAAAACAAUGAACUGCCCUGUGGACAUGAACUUGUGCAAUUAAAUGUGCAAAGAAUCCAUCAUAUCAAACUUCAGGGGAACAUUUCAGUGUGCAAUGAUUCCCUAACACCUUUCCAACAAGCAGUGCCAGAAAAAGAACUCCAGAUUCAAGAAAUCAGACCUUCAGAUUAUGAGACUGUGAGCCACAGAAGAAAACUUCAGUUCCUUCAUAUUGUGUCUACGAAGAACCCAUCAUCACUAGAAAAUGCUACAGCAGCUAUUACCACCCCUUCUACUCAAACAGCUGGGAAAAACUGGAUUUACUUUGCUGGUUUUGUGCUUUUGGCUAUCACCAUCUCUCUCCUGAUUGCAUUGAUUGUCAAAUGCAAAUUGCUCCAGAAAAAGCAUGCCAGCUAUCAUCAUCAACGGUUGCCCGAUUCUCGCUCCAUUGGAAGCAGCCAUAUUGAGGAAAGAGACAUGGACAUGACGUAUGGGAGGAACCAACCAGCUUCUGAGUGCUAUCCGGAGGAUGAUGAUGGUUUUAUAGAAGAUAACUAUAUUGUGCCCAAUCAAGACUUGAAGGAGGAAGAGGAGGAUCUGGAGUUGGAACCUCAUUUCAAAAUUGGAAUAUCCUUUUAGGAACAGAGUUCAGUUUGUUAUAUGCUCCAGUUUGUUCAUAGGGCCUAUUUCAUUUUAGAGGUUCCUGAUACUUUCAUUAUAAUGAGCCCAAAGGCAAAUUUGACUCUGGGCAAAAAGGUCAGCUGCAUGCCUGCAGUGGUUAGAGCUUAGUAUGUUUUCCUGAACAUUAGUCGAGUGGAAGUCUGAGUUCUCUCUUACACACUCAAUCCUUUCUCUUGCUUGCGCACAUACACCCAGACAGACGCAUACUUGGUUCCUUCGUAUGUACUUGUUUUUCUUGUAUACAUACAUCAACCACAAUUUUUCAGAGCUUACAUUAGAACUGGUGGAGGUUUUGAAAGAGACUGUUUGGAGCAUAGGAAAUGAUGUUUCAAAUGAACGGCGGCAUUUGACAAGAGCAGUUUGUCAUUCAUGACCUUCCCUAAAACCCCACCUGUGCCUUAACAGCAACUGGUCGUUUUUUUAAAGCUUGAUUGCUAUGUGGGUUAAGGAAAAACUAUUUCCAAGCAGCUGGUGGGAAGGACUUUGCCCCUGGGCUGCAUUAACCAUCUUCCAUAAAUGCUAUGCAUCUCAAUGAAGAAGUUUUCCCAACUUAUCACAGCUAGUGAGUGCUACCUGUGGGUGUGGGAAGCGUAAAUGAUUGCCACAAGAUAAUACCAAAAAACCAGAUCUAAACUGAUGUUGCAAUAUUAACAAAAAUUUGAGAUUCUCCUUUUUCCUGAAAACUCACUGAUUUAUUAGAAGGAAUUUGUAGCAAGUGCCUCAUUGCUGUUACUAAGCCUUUUUUAUAGUAGUUAUUUACAGCAUAAUUGGGACAUUCUGACAACUACAGUUUUACUUUUGUCCCUAUGAUGCUGGCCAUGCUUUCUAUUAAGAACAAUAAUUAUACUAUCUGUCCUGGUGUUGUCUAUAUAGGUCCUCAACUUACAACCAUUCAUUUAGUGAGCAUUCAAAAUUACAAUGGCACUGAACAAAAAUGAUUUACGUUCCUCACGUUUUGGUUGCAAUCUCUCAGGGUCAUGUGAUCUCCAUCAGCAACCUUUCUCAGCCAGCUUUCGCCAAGUCAAGUCAGCUAUGCUAACAAUUACUACUACAAUAACCUCAGUGUUAUUGCUUGUCAAUAUACAGAAACAAGCAAAAUUCCCCUGGUUGCCACUGUUGGUCACAUUUUAGAAUACUGUAGUAGACAUUAAACAACAAAGAGACUGAUGCAACU